AACCCCCUUUAUGCUUUAUUUCCUCAAUAAAAUGCUUACUGAGGGAAAGGGUCGUUUUGAAUUUAUUUGUAUUCCCACUUAGUGCCAAAUAUUUGGCAAAUGGUUAUUUUGAACUAGAGUUGCCACUGGCAGGCCAUUCCUGACUUGAGAAAAAGGUCUUGUUUUCAGUUCCUCAGAGACCUGCAUUUAGGAUCAACACAGUGGAUGGUUUAUCUUGAGCAAGUCUUUAACAGUUGUGCUUGAAUGUUAUCCAUGAAAUGAUAAGAAUAAGCCAUGAGUUGUGCAGAUAGGUUAGCAUCUAGGGUGGGUGGCUGGCUUGGUGGAGCAUGUGACUCUUGAUCUCAAGGUUGUAGGUUUGAGCCCCUAGAGAUCGGGGAAAGAGAUUACUUAAGUUUUUUUUUUUAAAUAAAGGUUAGACACUGGGUGUUAUACACAGUGAAUCAUGGAACACUACCUCAAAAACUAAUGAUGUAUGGUGACUAACAUAACAAAAUAAAAAUAAAGGUUAGGGAUGCUUGGGCAACUUGGUUAACCGGCUACCUUCGGCUCAGGUUGUGAUCCCAGAGUCCUAGGAUCGAGCCCCACAUCAGGUUCUCUCUUCAGCGGGGAGUCCACUUCUCUGCCUGCUACUCUCCCUGCUUGUGUGGUCUCUCUCUGUCAAAUAAAUAAAUAAAAUAUUUUAAAAUAAUAGUAAUAAUAAAAAAUAAAGGUUAAUAAGUGGAAGGUACUUAGAAUAGUGCCAUAAUAAAUACUAUUUGCUACUGUGAAGAAUUAAGCAUACUAAACUUUAGUGUUGUCCUGCUUUAUUUUCACAUUAAAUUUUCUUACCUGUUACCUUGUAGCAAUUUGAACAUUUUCCAUAAUUAUUUCUCAGGAAAACUAAGAAAGCUUUAAUCACCUUUUCCAAAGUCCUUAACCUAAUUUCCUUAAUUUAAGACUUGGAGCACUCUAAACUUUGGCAGUUUACAUUUAGGAAACUUCACAUUUUUGUUAUUUACCUUGUUUUUAGGAAGCGUUUUCUGACUUUAUCGAAUUUCAGUCUUAUGGCAGUUGAAUGUUCUUAAGUUUUGACUGAAUUGCAAAAGUAAUACGUACUUGGGAACAUAAAGUAUCUUUCCUUUGAGCCCCCUGUAAGGUAGCUGCUGUUUAUAGUAUCUGUCUCUGCCUGGGCUUUGGUCCUAAAGCCUAUUCCUUACAACAGGCUGUUCUUACCAUGAGUGGUGUUCUGCAGCUUGUUUUUACUUAAAACCUAGAGAUCUGGUAUUUUAAACGGCUGACUAGUACACUCCUGUAUAAGUAUACUUUUUCAUUACCGACAUUGUUUUUUUCAAGUAAUUAAUCCCUUGGCUUGUAUGACAGGAAUGAAAAGUACUACUUUUAAUAUUCAAAAUCAAACAAUGAGAAUAUAGAGUAUUUACAUAGUUUAGUACCUCCUUAUCAAUUUACACGUUAAAGUUCAAACUUCUUUGAGUGAUACCACUUCUUGAAUAAGAUGGAUCUACGUAUGUUUGCUCUAUUUGCUAAAAGGAUGAGUUGAUGGGAUUGUGUAAUCUUCUAGGUCCUCAAUAGCUUGUUUAGAUUUUUUUGGCUGUGUUACAGCAAAAUGAUUAACUUUUUUUUUUAAGAUUUAUUUAUUUAUUGUAGAGAGAGCACGCAAGUGGGAGAGAGAAAAUCCCCAAAUAGAUUCCCCACUGAGCGCAGAGCCCGACUUGGGGCUCUAUCCCGGGAGCCUGAGAUUGUGACCUGAGCUGAAAUCAAGAGUCAGCCACUUAACCGACUGAGCCAUCCAGGCGCCCCGGUAAUUAACUUUUUAUACUUUAACAGGAAGGAAUCGUGGUUAAUUCACAAGUCGGAAGAUAAAUACAAAAGGGUUAAUAGAGCAAAUUCCACCUUUGACCCCUUGGAGGAAGCCAAGAUGGCUAGUUUUUUGCUGCUCCUGGAGAUGCAAAUCUAGAAAAAUUGAUAUUCCCUAGGUAGUUUCAUCAUAGUUAAUUUGAAUUUUACAAAGGCAAAUAACAGUAUUGCAGCUCAAACACUAGGAAACUUCGUAAUUAAAUAUUUACUAUUAAUAUUUAUUUAUACCUAUUUCCUUUAAAGGUUUUUUUUUUUUUUCUUUUUAAAGAUUUUUAUUUGACAGGGAACACAAGCAGGGGGAGUGGGAGAGGGAGAAGCAGGCUUCCCGCGGAGCAGGGAGCCCGAUGUGGGGCUCGAUCCCAGGACCCUGGGAUCAUCACCUGAGCCAAAGGCAGAUGCUUAAUGACUGAGCCACCCAGGCGCUCCUAUACCUAUUUUCAAUAUUUCUAAGGAAGUCCUAGAAUUGUGAAGAUUUAUAAGCAUAGGCAGGAUUUAAAUCCUAGUUCAGUUCCUAACAGCCCAAAAGCAUUAAAAAAAGCAAUGUGUAUGUCAGAUAAUUCCUAGUGAAAAGCACUCAAGAAAUUAGGUUAAGGGAGGCCCAGAAAGUACAGAAUGCAUAUAUUUUCAAGUAAUUAUUUUGAUAAAUAGGAAAAACCUGUACAAAAAACUGUAUACCCUUUUCACAUUCACUAAUUAUACUUUGUUUCAUUUACAUAUUUUUUUUCCUGAAUCAUAGGAAAGUAGAGAUAUCUUGCUGUUUUAUCCCGGAAAACUAUUUCCUAGUAAUGGGACACUCCUUAUGUAACUACAGUGCCUACAAAAAAUAGCAUCAGUGAAGUAGUUCCUACUCCAUGGUCCAUAGCUCUGUUUCAUUAGUUGUCUGCUAAUAUCCUUUACCUUAGCCAGGAUCAUUUGCCACAUUUUGUCGUCCUGGCUCUUUGGUCUCUUCUAACCUGGACCAGUCCUCUUGACCUUGUCAUUUUUGAAGAGUAGAGGACAGUUGACUUUGUAGAAUUUCCCUCAAUUUGGGUUUGUGUGAUUGCUCCUCAUGAUUGCAUUUUUAGCAGGAAUACCACAACAAUGAGACUGUCCUCAAUGCAUCUUAUCUAGUCAUUUUAUAAUUACCUGUAAGUCAGUACUUCUGUGAGUAGACAGUCUUAUAAAUAAGGUUCAAAGAAGGAGUUUUUGUUUUUAGGGAGGGAGCCGAUCAUUUUCAAAUUUAAGAGCUGCUGAAGGGGGCGCCUGGGUGGCUCAGUUGGUUAAGCAACUGCCUGCGGCUCAGGUCAUGAUCCUGGAGUCCCAUGGGGCUCCCUGCUCAGCAGGGAGUCUGCUUCUCCCUCUGCCCCUCACCCCUCUCAUGCACUCUCUCUCAUUCUCUCUCGCAAAUAAAAUCCUAAAAAAAAAAAAAAAAAAAGCUGCUGAAGGGCGAGCUUUGUUGGCAUCAACUAGUACUCCAUAUACUGAAAGCAAGAGAGUGGUUCUAGCCCAGGGCCAAAGAGGGAGCAGGGGGCACUUGAAAUAGAUGAGAGAUGAAAAGAUGAAAUAGAAAUAAGCCGCGUCCUCACGUAGAAAACCGUGCCCUCUAGUAUUGUUGUGGGGGUAAAUGCUGUUAUCAAAGCACUUGGCAGAGUCACUCCUUAAAGAUCAGCUGCUCUUAUUAAAACAUUCUAUAAGUAGUCAAACCCUCAAACUUUUCUAGCCAAUUGAGGAAAAGCUAGGCCAAGCAGAGUUGCUGAAUAUGGUGCCCCAAGUAUUAAGAGUAAGUGACCACUACUACUUUUAGCUAUUCGUAAACAGCCUUGAGUGUGCUAUUUAAAUAUAUUGCUGUUCCUUUGAUUUUAGAAGAUUGCAGACGCCAGCUAGAGAAUAGUGUGAUGAACCUCCUGGAUACUUACUCAGCUUUAACAAUAUAGGUCUGUCUGCUUACUCUCCAGAUAAUUUUGAAGGAAAUCCCAGACAUUCCAGCUGAAAGUAGUUCACUAUAUACCUCUAAAAGACAUCUUAAAUCUUCUCAAUUUCUUGUUCUUUGCAGUAUAUUUGUUGAAGGUCACUGUUGAGGAGUUUUUCAGUCUUGAUUUUGCUGAUUGCAUUCUCAUGGUAUCAUCUAGUAUCUUCUAGACCUAAGAACAAUGGUUCUCAAAGUGUUCGUGGACCAGUAACAUCGGCAGCAUCCUCUGGGGAUUUAAAACGCAGUUUCUUCAAGCCCCACCCUAGAUCACGGAAUCAGAAACAAAGUGGAGCCCAGCCAUAGGUGUUGUUAUAAUGAGCCUUCCAAGUGAUUCUGGUGUGUGCUCAAGUUUAAGACCCAUUAUUCUGGAGGCUUUAUCAGAUUCAGGGGAAGGGUUGGGUUUCCUUCCCAAAACUACUUGGGUAUCUUUUUGUCAUUGGCAGGCAUUGAUGAUCUUUGCCUAAGUCCAUUAAACCAUGAACCCAUGAUUUUAAACACUUUUCAGUCCGUGGCAGUUCUCCUUACUGGUGUCGCCUUAUUCUAUCUUUAGUCAGGGGAAGUCAACUCAGGUUGCCUCCUGAGUUCAUUGAAGCAGCCCUAAUAAUCUUAGCAAGUUUCCUUGCUUUCUAGUAUGGUAAGAUUUCCAGGCUCAACUUUCUAGUCCCAGACCUGGAAGCACCCAUUUCUCCAAGGAGCCCGGGUUAUCUUUAUUUGGAAAUGGUAUUUAGCAAGCACAGUCUGGGCCCUUGGGUGUUCAUCGCUUCUAGUUGGAUCUUUCUCAGGCCCCCCAGAUCAGACUCCUCCUGCUCUUGUGAAGGUCCUCUCCUGUAGGCUAAACAUCCCCUCAGCUGUCUCAGCACAGCAGUUUUAAAGCCCCUAACCAUCUCCGUUGUCUCCCUGUAUUCUGGGUGGUCAGGGUCCCUCUUACAGAGUACCGCCUGCUAGUAAGAGACAGCACUCCAGAUUUGCUUUAACCUGCUCGGAGCAGGGGCGCCUGGGUGGCUCAGUCGGUUAAGUGUCUGCUUUUGGCUUGGGUCAUGAUCCCGGGGUCCUGGGAUCGAGCCAGGCUUUGGGCUCCUUGUCAAGCAGGGAGUCUGCUUCUGCCUCUGCCCCUCCCCCCUGGCUUGUGCAAGCACACGCUCCCUCUCUCAAGUAAAUGAAUACAAUCUUUUUAAAAAAUCAUUUAAAAAAAAAAGACUGCUCAGAGCAGAGCAAGUAGUAUGUGGACAACCUGCCCUAAUAGAUGCUCAGCUGAAUUCUGGGUCAGUUCUGGCAAAGGAGUGAGGAAACUUUAAUACCCCUACAGAAUCUCUUCUGUUCCUUCAGAGAGUUUAAAGCAAAUAAUGUGUCCUCUUGCUCUGGGUAACGGGAAUAGAGGGAGAAGGAAAUUCAGAGCGUAAAUUUCAGUGUGAUUGUAGAAUGAGUACACAACAGCAUUAUAAUUGGAAUGAGCAAAUAAGAUCUUAAGUUACAGCUUUUGUCCACCUUUGCUGUAGAUGACAUUCCCCUGCAGACCCAGUAGGAACUCCAGCUUGGAUAGCUGUGGCUGUGAUUGUAAUAAGCUGGUCAGUGUAAUACCCUGAGUCAUAAUGGUCCAAAACAUUCAAUAAACGUGUACUAAAGGCCUUGCCAGAUUCUCUUAACAGAUCUACAUAUAUUUCUGUAUAUCCCCCCUUCAUGAGCAGAGUACCUCCUGUCCCUUGAUAUGGGCCAGUGGAAUUUUGGCAGGCACAGCAUGUUUAGUAGGCUAGAUAUUACCCUCCCCUUCCCCAAAGAUGCCUACCUUCUAACCCUCUAACCUGUCAGUAUGUUACUUACAUGGUGAAAGGAACUUUGUAAAUGUGACUAAAUUAAGGUCUGGGAAUGGGAAGAUUAUCCUGGAUUAUCCAAGUGGGCUCACUGUAAUUACAAUAGGGAGGUUGGAAGGUAAAAAGAUAAGGAAAAGUUGAUGUGAAAGCAAGCAAAAUUAGAGACUGGAAGAUGCUACACUACUAGCCUUGAAAAUGGAAAGGACCACUAGGCAAGAAAACUAAAUUCUCCACAACCUCUGGAUGGAGCACAGCCCUACCCACAGCUUGACCUUGUGAAGGUCCUCUCCAGGCUAAACAUGCCCUCACUCAUUUGGACUUCUGAUCUCUCCAACUGUGAGGUAGUACAUUUUUAUUUUAAGCCACCAAAUUUGUGGUAAUUAGUUACUGCAGCUAUAGGAAACAUACAGCAUGACUAAAGGCUUAAGAAGCACUUGCACAAAUGGGCUUGGUCUUUGGCAUCUCAGUCAUCACCAUGAGAAUAAUAUCCCUUUGUGGGCCUGCUGGUAGAAGAUGAGACAGGUGGGACCAAGCUGUCUGUUAGCCUCCGCCACCUACAGCUUGAAACAGACCAGCCUAAAUCCACCAACCUGCAGAUGUAUGAAAAGGAAAAACAGGCAGUUAUUUCAUUUUGCCUAAACAGAUACUUGACAUUUGGCCUUCCCACACCAUCACCCCUCAAUCCUCUGCCUAUUCUGAGCCCCAGGAAGCUAACCUCCAUUGGCUGCAUCCACAUAUUCCUUUGCCCUCUGAUUUCUGAUCAGGUUCAGCCAUUAGGAAGCAGCAAUAGGAUAUGGGAAAGAUUAAGAUUGGAGUACUUCCAACAGCUCCCUCCCUGUAGAGUUCAGGCUGGAGGUGGCCCUCAUCGGAAGGGCAUAGUGUCUUCUAUACACAGCCCUCUUGUUCAAGUCCUGGUAACCACUGUCCCCUUUUCCUAGUCCCAUUGAUCUUUAGCUAACAAUUGUGAUUUUCCAACAACCUGUCCAGACCUUUAAAAACAGACCCUUUAUUAAAUUCUCUUCAAAUUUACUCAGUUGGAGUGUGUGCCAUGUUUCCUGUCAUGACCCUAACAGAUAACAAGUAGAUAUUUCCUAUUUGAAUAAAGUAUAAAACAUUACACUUACUUGAUGAAGUUGGCUUUUUUCAUUUGCUAUCCAAAGCCAGGAAGAGUUUCUUGAGUUAAUUCUUGCCUCUCAGUAGAUAAGCUUUUCUGAGGGAGAUACCCACCCACUCUGCCACCCCCAUAUCUGGCUAACAAUGUCCAAGUACCUGGCUUGUACCAGAAAGCCAAUGUGUUCCUUGAGUGGAAGAAGAAGGGAGAUUGGAAGGUAAAUCCCUAGCAACCCCAUUCCAAAUAGCUGAUUAUGGGAUAUGAAGUGCUAUGGACUGAAUGUUUAUAUGUCCCCAAAAUUCAUGCUGAAGCCUAAUCCCUAAUGUGAUGGUAUUUGGAGGUGGGGAUUCUGGGAGGUAAUUAGGUCAUGAAGGUGGAGCCCUCAUGAAUGGAAUUAGUUAGCACUCUUAUAAAAGACUCCAGAAAGUUCCUUGCACCUUCUGCCAUGUGAGGACACAGCAAGGAGGCGGCUAUUUGUGAAGCCAGGAAGACUUCACUAGACAUGAAAUCUGCAGCACCUCGAUCGUGGAUUUUCCAGCCUCCAGAACUGUGAGAACUAAGUUUCUGUUGUCGUAAGCCACCUAGUCUAGUCUACGAUGUUCUGUCCUAGCAGCCCAAGAGCACUAGAACAGGAAGGUAUCUGAAAAAUGAAAUCAGAAGAUGGCCUGGAGCACAUGAGCCAGAGCAAAGCAACAUAAUGUCUUGUCCAGAGACUUAAGGUUCUUGAACCACCUUUCCUAAGUGGUAUUUGUCCCCACUGACAGGCUAAUUCUUUGGGAAGAAAGUCCUUGGUACUGGGAAAUAAAACGCCUUGAGACCCAGUUUGGGCUUCUGACCUCUAGAACGACAAGGUAAUAAAUUUAUGCUUUUUUUAAGCCACUAAUUUGUUCCACAAUAGAAAAUGAAUAUGCCUUGAUUGAUUCUUUUUUGUUGGGUACCUCAGUGUCCUAAGACAAGAAUUCUAUCAGUAUGUUAAGAACAAGGUUCAGGGGCACCUGGGUGGCUCAGAUGGUUAAGCGUCUGCCUUCGGCUCAGGUCAUGAUCCCAGGGUCCUGGGAUCGAGUCUCACAUCGGGCUCCCUGCUCCUUGGGAGCCUGCUUCUCCCUCUGCCUCUCUCUCUCUGUCUCUCAUGAAUAAAUAAAUAAAAUCUUUUAAAAAAAAGAACAAGGUUCAGAUAUUUAGCAGGGUGGGGGUAAGGGAAAUAGCUGAGGCUCUGGCCCUCACCGAAACAAGUUCUAGUGGUUACAAACAUAAGCUUCCAUUCCCAAAGCCAAAUAAAAUGUCAGUGUCUAAUGUUCUGGGUAACAUAAACCCAUGGCCUGGGGGAGAGCAGGACCUGAAGUUGAUCAUAUUUGGAAAGUUGGGUCUCCCUUGCCUUUCCCACUAUGGACCCACAAAUACAUAGUCUAGGUAUGCGAGGUAUCCAGUCUUUACACUGGUUUAAGUUCAUACUCCCAGUAUCACCUGGACUUAAGAUCCCAUCUCCUGCCAUUAAGUGUGUGAUGAAACCCAAAUCCCUAGCAGCUGGUCCCUGUCACUCAUCAAGAACCACCUCCAGGACAAGAGAGACACCAGGCCACCCUUACCCCACCCCAACCCCGUUGCUCUGUUUCCCUCUUUUGUUUCUGACUCCUGCUGGUUACCCUUUCAGCCAUGAAUUUACUCUUCUUCCUCCUUUGCUUGCUUUUUUCUUGUAAUACUUUUCCCAGGAUUCUGGGGUGUUUAUGCUAGAAAGGACUCUUUCCCUAUUAGUGAAGUCUGUCAUGUUGGAACCAGAAGUAUUUUCACACUGAACUAUAAAGGGCACAUUUUGAUGAUUCCUAAAAUACAUAGACUGCCUCAAUGGUGAAUUAAAUUCUGUAGAGACAGGUGUGGGCUGCUUACAACAGUUUUCCCAGUGUUUCUAUUAACAUUUCAAACAAAUUUGGGUCCACUCUUGGGUAGAAGGUUAACUUGGAGAAGACACUGGGGGCUACAGACUUGUAAAAGAGGGGUCUGUCACUUGAGGGAAGGACUAGACUUGCUCCCUUGCUCCUGAGGGCAUUCUGGAGAAGCAGAAGAAACACUGGCUGUGUGAGAAACAACCUGCCCCAAAUCACAUCAACUUGAGGAGCUCUCCAUCCCUGAAGGUGCUCAGGCAAGCAAGACCACCGAAAGUAUCAGGACCACCUGUUAAGACUGUUAAUGGGCAGAACAAUAAUGUCUCAGCAACUCAUGUUGGUUCCUACAUCCUGCUAGCUCAGAUUCCACUCGUCUGUCUGAAUCACUGUCUGCAAGACGCAUUUGUAAUUGAGAAGUCAUGUGUUUGUGUAGUUUCAUCACUGUCUUGUAAUCCGGAUACCUAAAAUAAACCUUUUGGAAAAUCUAGAACAAGCAGUCUGGGUAGAGAUGAGAGAAAAAGCGGAUGGUUGUGUGCGUAUCGGUGUGCAUAGAGAGACCUCCAUUGUUAUGGCAACCAGCGUCCUCAACUGAUGCAGUUCUGUUCCCAAUAAUACGAGAUGUGAUUAAAAAUUGACAUUGCAGCAAAGAAGAACACAUGUAAUGCGUCGGCGUGGCAACCAGAAUAAAGUCUGCAUAAAUUUAAACCCGAUGGUCACAAUUUGGGGAAUUUGCCUACAAUUAAUUAGGAACCUUCUCUCAUCUGGACUGGAAGUCAGGAGCCUGGAGGUCUGACCUGUGGCCAUGACCUUAGGCCAAAUGGACUUCAGUGUCCUUUUCUGUAAAAUAAGGGAUUAGGUUAAAUCUUUUCGUGUGGGAGAGGGGCCCCGGGCUCUAGACUGUAUCAAGAGUUUCCCUGUUUUUAUCCGCAUGCAGUAUAUUAGCAAAUAUUUAUUGAGCACCCACACUCAGUGUCCAGCUGAGCGCUAAGGAUACAAAAACUGUCUCUCUCGGAGCUUGCAGUCUCUUAACCUCUCCAAUUACACAAAUCUAUGUGAAACUACAGCUGUGAUAUGUGUAAAUAGAGGUAUUUUGUGCUAUAAGAACCAACAACAGAGAUGUGACUAGUUAGAUCAAGGAUACUGAAGCACAGAGAAGCAGUGACUUGCUCAAGGUAACACCACAACGAGAACCAUAUGCCAAGAAAGUGAGUCUUUACAAAUGGAGAAAUGGAGUACCAGGAGGAUAAGGUGAUGUCUUCCAGGUCACACCAGCAGCCAUGGCAAUAGGGCCAUCUAAACGCAGGCGCGGCUAAUGCUGCCCUUUAUGCCUGGCAGGGUCGGAAUCAGAACCCACGCCACCCUGGGCGGCCUCUCCUCUGGUCGCGCGGCCCUUCACCCUUCGGAGGCCGUUUUCGGACGCUCCUUGGCUCCCCUCCUCCAGGGCGUGGAGGCAGGCACGGUGGGAAGGCGUUGGACACCGCAGCGACCCAGCCGGGGUUCGUGCGGGAGCACAACCCCGUCUUUUGUCACUGACCACUCAGCUGGGGCCCGGCAGGCUCGCUCCCUGGCUCGGCGGGCCCCGCGGCGCGCUGCUGGCCGUGACGCGGAGGUGGGGGGGGCGGGGGGCAGGAUGAAUCUCAACCCGCCUCGCCCGCGCAGCCGUCGGGUCGCGGGCUGCGGGGAGAGGCCACCAGGCCCACGCGGCCGGACCCGCGCCCCCUGAUCCCGCUCGGCGCGCGCUCCGCACCCCGCGUCCUGCAGGGAGGCGGGCCCGCCCCCCGUGCGCGCAGGCGCGCGCGGCGCGGGGCUCGGAUGGCAGCUCGGCGCCGGGCGGCCACGGGCGGGCCUCGCAGCUUGCAGGCCUACCAGGAUGGAGGGGAAUGCCGAAAUGGAGAUGCUGAGGACACUGAAGGGGCCCUCCACAGGAGAGGUCAACGUGCACCUGGUGGCCAGAGACAGUCCAGGUUCCAGCUCUCACCUGCCGGCUACUGCCUUCAUCAUCCCAGCCGGCUCGGCCACCCUUGGCCUGCCCAGCAGUGCCCUGGAUGUUUCCUGUUUUCCGCGGGAGACGAUCCAUGUGGGCGCUCCGGAGCGAGUGGCCGGCAGCGUCCCUGUCACGGCCACCGUUCUGCCGCAGUUAAGCGCGGCGCCUGCGGCCAGCUCCAGCGCCACCACCGUGCGGCUCCUGGAGUGGACGGAGGCUGCGGCCCCGCCUCCUGGGAGUGGCCUACGGUUCCGGAUAAGCGAGUACGCACCACUGAACAUGGUAGGAGCGGAGCAGCCCCCGAGCCCCGAGCUACGGCCCGAAGGUGUGGCCGAAUAUGAAGAUGGCGAGGCCCCGGCGGGAGGUGGCGAUGCGGGCACCCAGCAGCCGGCGGACCUUCCCCAGGAUCCUCCAGAAGAUCCCCCCCAGGAUCCCCCAGAAGAUGAUGGUGCUUGUCAGUGCCAGGAGUGUGGACCUCAGCAAAGCGUGGGUCCAGAUCCUGCUGGUUCCUCCAAUGAUGACUGCCCGCCACUGUUCCAAGAGCGGUCGGUCAUAGUGGAGAACUCCUCAGGCCAGAACUCCUGCACCAGUGCUUCUGAGCUUCUCAAACCCAUGAAGAAGAGGAAGCGCCGGGAAUACCACAGCCCAUCAGAGGAGGAGUCAGAGCCUGAGGCCUUGGAGAAGCAAGAAGAAGGAAAGGAUCCAGAGGGCCGACCCACUGCUUGCACCCCAGAAAGUGAGGAGUGGAGCAGCCAGCCUGCAUCAGGGGAGAAGAAGGAAGGCUGGUCAUGGGAGUCCUACCUCGAGGAGCAGAAGGCUGUCACUGCCCCUGCCAGCCUCUUCCAGGACUACCAGGCAGUCACUCAUAAUAAGAAUGGCUUCAGACCGGGCAUGAAGUUGGAAGGCAUCGACCCUCAACACCCGUCCAUGUACUUCAUCCUCACCGUGGCCGAGGUGUGUGGCUACCGCCUACGUCUGCACUUUGAUGGGUAUUCUGAGUGCCAUGACUUCUGGAUCAAUGCCAACUCCCCUGACAUUCACCCCGCUGGCUGGUUUGAGAAGACUGGGCACAAGCUGCAGCCCCCCAAAGGUUACAAGGAGGAGGAGUUCAGCUGGAGUCAGUACCUGCGCAGCAGCCGAGCUCAGGCCGCCCCCAAGCACCUGUUUGCAAGCCAGAGCCACAGCCCCCCACCCCUGGGCUUCCAGGUGGGCAUGAAGCUGGAGGCGGUGGACCGCAUGAACCCGUCCCUCAUCUGUGUGGCCAGCGUGACCGACGUGGUGGACAGCCGCUUCCUAGUGCACUUUGACAACUGGGAUGAUACUUACGACUACUGGUGUGACCCCAGCAGUCCCUACAUCCACCCGGUGGGCUGGUGCCAGAAGCAAGGAAAGCCCCUCACCCCUCCACAAGACUAUCCAGACCCUGAUGGCUUCUGUUGGGAGAAAUAUCUGGAAGAAACUGGGGCCUCUGCUGUGCCCACCUGGGCCUUCAAGGUGCGGCCCCCACACAGCUUCCUGGUCAACAUGAAACUGGAAGCCGUGGACCGCAGGAACCCAGCCCUGGUGCGCGUAGCCAGCGUGGAGGAUGUGGAGGACCAUCGGAUAAAGCUCCACUUUGAUGGCUGGAGUCACGCCUAUGACUUCUGGACUGACGCUGACCACCCGGACAUCCACCCUGCGGGCUGGUGCUCCAAGACGGGGCAUCCCCUGCAGCCUCCUCUCCGACCCAGAGAGCCCAGCUCUGCCUCUCCUGGGGGCUGUCCCCCUCUCAGCUGUCGGAGCCUGCCACACACUAGGACCUCCAAGUACAGCUUCCACCACCGGAAGUGCCCCACUCCUGGUUGUGAUGGUUCCGGCCACGUCACAGGCAAGUUUACAGCUCACCACUGCCUCUCGGGCUGCCCACUGGCUGAGAGGAACCAGAGUCGGCUGAAGGCGGAGUUCUCCGACACAGAGGCCUCGGCCCGUAAGAGGAACCUCGCGGGCUUCUCCCUAAGGAAGAAGCCUCGCCAUCACGGCCGGUGCGGAGGGCAAGGGUGCAGGGCCUCGUGUCCUCUGGGGCCAGGCCAGGCACUGAUUCCCUGCCACGGACCCGGUCCCUCUCUCUCCAGGAUUGGCCGUCCUCCAAAGUAUCGGAAGAUCCCGCAAGAAGAUUUCUCGACGCUAGCCGCCGACGCCAUGCACCAGUCCCUCUUCCUGUCGGCCCUGUCGGCCCACCCGGACCGCUCGCUGUCCGUGUGCUGGGAGCAGCACUGCAAGCUCCUGCCGGGAGUGGCGGGCAUCUCGGCCUCGACGGUUGCCAAGUGGACCAUUGACGAGGUCUUCAGCUUCGUUCACACCCUGACCGGCUGUGAGGACCAGGCACGACUCUUCAAAGAUGAGGCGGACAUUGUGAAGAUCAUGAGCGUCAAGCUGGGUCCAGCCUUGAAGAUCUAUAACGCCAUUCUCAUGUUCAAAAACGCCGAUGACACCUUAAAGUGAGUGGCUCAGGGCUGGGCUCACCUCAAGCCCAAGCUGGGCCUCCCUCUGCAGCUGAUGCUUCCUUCCCAACUUGAGUUCCUCAUAUCCCACCCAUACCCCCACCACCCUCUACGUCUUACCAGGAGUGGCCCUCCUUCUCUCCGGGGCUGCUUCCUGCAAGGUACUUGGGAGUCCUAGCCCCUGAGUCCUGGGGCUCAUCUGCCACCAGACACACCAGUGAGGGUGUGACUGGGCCGGGGGAACAUUACCGGGGAAGUGAAUUGGAGGGGCCCUGCCUCUAGCCACCCCACCUCUCCAGCUGACUUGUGUGAUCACCAAAGGGUCUUUUUCUUAGCGGUUAAGGACAGUCUGGUUGAACAGGAGUCCUCCGGUUAGAGGCUCAUUUCUCUUGGGCCUCUCUCCAUGCUUUUCUUUCCUUGGUUCCGACCAAGAAGUGACCCAGCCACAAACAUAUGUACUCAUUCCGCUGUCUGGUUUCCUGGGCUGGGCUCCCAGCCAUGGCCCUCCCAGACCCCACUGGCUCUUCCCCCUUAGAUGGGUAAGCUUCGGAAAUAGGUUGUCAAAGGAUCCGCUGGGAGUCUCUGGCUGCUUUUCUCCCUUUCGCCCGGAAGCGGGGGAUUCCAAGCCAAGAUGCCUUCCUGAACAUGCCCUGUGCUGGAUCAGCUGGCAUCUUGGUGGCCCACGCCAAGCCCCGUUUCCAGCAGAGUGGGUGGUUAGAGCCUGUUUUACCCGUGCAGAAAAGGUUAAGGCUCCACAUAUGUUCCCCAUAUGCCCUUCCUGUAUCAGGUGUGGGGAAGAGGCAGCCCAAGGGUGUGUCAGACAAUCUCGGGUCUUUGGCCAGAGGGGCAGCCCCAGCAGGCAUGAUGGUCCCCGAAGCUGGGCACGGCAUCCUUCCCUGCAGCCAUGGACCUCAGCCAAGGUAUUGCCCCCCGGGCUGAGGACCCCAUGCCUGCCAGGCCUCCUGCCGUGGUCUAGCACACAUACCUCACAACAUCACAUUCGACCUGUCCGUAAAUGUCUUGCUCUUGAGGGGUCUUACAAAGUCCCCUUGAAGUUGGAAGUUGGGAAGGUGAAUUCUUCUGUCUUUGAAUCCUCUGUGUCCGUGAGCUGUGAGCCUUUCUUACCACUCUCCCUUUGCAACGGCCAGCCAGGUGGCCUGCCGGGGCUUUGGGACUUCAACCUUUCUGUCCAAGUGGGGGCCUAGCCUCCACAGAGCCACUGCCAAACCAGCCAGGGUGGGGCAGAGGCAGAGGGCCUGGCAGCAGCUGGCCCCCACGGAGGUGAGGGGCGACCGCCAAGCUCCCUCCCGUGGCCCCGGGUGCUGCGAGGGGCCUGCAGGGUGCAGAGCCAGGCCCGUUCCCUCAGUCACGUGAUGUGUGUGCCCAUAGGGCACCCUCAGAAGUGUCGGACAGGUGCAUCUGUGAGGCUCAGCGUUGGAAAAACGUCAAGGGCUAUUACUGUUAAAAUAUGAAGCAUUAGCUUUCCCCCAGAAGCUCUGUUGACUUCCUGCCGCAGCCCAGUACGGGACCCUCUCUCACAUGGGCCCCCGCAGCUCUGCAGGGCAGCCAGUCAGCCGCCCCGCUGAACUCCCACAGGACUUCGGAUGCUCCUGCCCUUUCGGCCCUUAGAGGCAGCUCUGAGCACACCCUUCCUGGGGAGAAAGUGGGCAGGCCCUGCCUCUGGCUGAGGCUCAGCUUUACAGAGGUUCUUUGGUGUCCCCUUGGCCAAGAGUCAGGAGGAGCCCGUCAGCGUCUUUCCCUUGGUUCGCUUGGGUGGUGGCAAAGCUCCCCAGCUCCUUGGCCGGGUCUGCUCCUCUUUGAAACUGAGGAGAAACGGGCAUUGUGGUGUGAGGAGAAGGCAGCGAGGCCGCUCAGCUGAGCCGCAGGACCUCCGCACUCCCGAGGAGCAAGGCUGGGGCGGCGGACCUGCCGGCCACCCUCUAAGGCCUGCCUGCGGGAAGGGCAGGCUGGACCCACGAAGGGCCUCGUGAGAAGGAGGCCUCAGCACUUUCUGCACCAACGUCAAACUCUUGGGAAAGAAACCAGAAAAAAGGGGGAAAGCAGUGUGCCCUCCUGCCCCUUCUCCCCAAUCCUGUCCCCAGAGGAGAUCUUCACACGCUGACCGCUGACCGGGGUGCAGGUGAAGGGAGGGAGUCGGGGCCAGGGCCCUGCUCUCAGCCACAGCUGCGCCCAGCCCCCGCCCGGCCCUGGCUUAGGUCAGUGAGGACCUUUCUGUUUAAUUUCUGAAGCAGAGAGAAUGAUUCCAGAGUUUGAAAAUGAAGCCUGUUUGCACUUUCAUUCACAUGCACUUUGGUGGAAUUGUUUUUGUACUUUCCGUGUGUGUGCGCCCGCGUGCUCUAAGAGAAUCCUCUGGUUUAAGAUAAAGUGACUCUUGACUCUUGAGGGAGAAAAAUUUACAAACUGUGGUGUUUUGUCAGUGUACUGAAACAACAUAAAUAAACUUUGAACAUCUGGAUGAUAUGCAGUCAGAGUCUGUUUCU